GGAACGUUGCGUCAUGACGUCUCUCUUGUGACCAACGGUCGCGUUUGCUAGCUAGCUUGACGGAAGCGGAAACCGGAGAAUACCUCUUAAAUUGUAAUUUUUAAAAAAACGUUUACUGGCUAAAUGUGACUAAAUGAAGCCAGCGACUCAGUACGACUGGCUUCGGUUGUUGAAAGUCACUAAUCUUCACCUCCACUGAGAGUCAUCUUCCUCAAACACAGCUGGAACAAUGUCUUCAAUUCCACAGGGACAUGGCUACAAUGAUACUCACAGGGACACUACAUCCUUGGCCUGGCUUUCAAUAUGCAAACAGACCGAAAAAGAUCACAAUAACCCAUCUUCUGGCUGCACAGACAGAAGCAGAAGUGUUUCUGGUGAAGGUGCAGACAACAGGAAACAUCCUCCAGGUUCAGGUGCUGCUAAAUCUCCAGAACCAGGCAGAUCGGAUCAACCCAAGUACACAACAGAAUCAGCUACUGAGAUCCUCAGCAGGUUUGGACUCGACAAGGACGACUUGGGAGAGCUCAAUGCUUACUCUGAGGAUCAGAUCACCCCUGAAAACCUGAAAUACAUCCUGAUGCAGAUUUCCAUUAAGAAGAAGGAAAGAGCUGCAGAGAAAUCCUCUGAAUCGCAGCCCACUAUUGGUCUAAAGAGUGACUUGCAUAAAACUCCCGUAAAGUCAAAUAAAGUUAUUGAUUGCGGUGAUUUUGGAAGUAGCGUUGCUAAAAAGGAGACUGGAAAAGAUAGCACAGAUAAGAGUAGAGGUAAGUCACUGGUGGAAACUCACAAACCCAGUGAGGACCGGCUGCAAAGAUGUGUGUUAAAGGGCAAAAGCAGAGAGUCUGAGAUUAGUGAGCAAAAUAAAAUGGUUUCACCCAAACAUAAACCUGAUGAGACUAAACUCUACAAACCUCUUUCUCCAAAGCAACCAGAGUCCACAUCCAAACCUAGUAAAGCAGAACAGAAGAGUUCCAACAGGAAGGAAAGCAAAACUCGAAUAAAAGAAACAACGGUUGCUGGACAGAAUAAGAAAAGUCCAGAGAAGAAGAAUCCGGAGGUUCAGACUGAGCUGAAGUGUGGACAGCAAGGACAGGAUAAGUCAGUGAUGCAGACUAAAUUUAAGGAGUCAUCUUUUAAAAAUGAUUCUUCAUGCGCCAUAGUUUCAUCCAAACAGAAACCUGACGAGCCUAAACCCUGCAAACCUCUUCCUCCAAAGCAACCAGAGUCCACAUCUAAAUCCUCCAAACCUGGUAAAGCAGAACAGAAGAGUUCCAACAGCAAGGAAAGCAAAACUCAGAUAAAAGAAACAACGGUUGCUGGGCAGUAUAAGAAACAUCCAGAGAAGAAGAUCCCUGAGGUUCAGACUGAGCUGAAACGUGGACAACAAGGACAGGAUAAGCCAGUGAUCCAGACUAAAUUUAAAGGGUCAUCUUCUAAAAGUGAGCCUUCACACGCUGUAAUUUCAGCCAAACAGAAACCUGGCGAGCCUAAACCCUGCAAACCUCUUCCUCCAAAGCAACCAGAGUCCACAUCUAAAUCCUCCAAUCCUGGUAAAGCAGAACAGAAGAGUUCCAACAACAAGGAAAGUAGAACUCGGAUAAAAGAAACAACGGUUGCUGGGCAGAAUAAGGCUGAGCUGAAGCGCGGACAGCAAGGACGGGAUAAGCCAGUGAUCCAGACUAAAUUUAAGGGGUCAUCUUGUAAAAAUGAGCCUUCACACGCCAUAAUUAGAGAUUGUAAAGGUAUCUCACCAGAAUCCUUCCCACAUUACUGUUCGAUAUGCAACAAGGAAAGUCGUAACGUACAUGCUUGGUGUUCCCACAUGAAGACCACUGAACAUCGUGAGAAGUGCAAAACCCUAUACCCAGACUUGUUUUGUGAACAACAAUUCCCCAGAAUAGACUCAACCUGGAGGCGGUGUCGGGAGACGGGAAAACACAAGAGUGAUUCUCGCCACAGAAACGCUUCCCGCUCCAGAAGUCAAGAACGCCGUCACAGAAGAGGCUCCAGUUCUCGAUCACCCUGCCGGAGAAACUCUUUCCGCUCCCGCUCCAGAAGUCAUGGCCGCACACACAGAAGAGGCUCCAAUUCUCGCUCACCCUGCCGGAGAAACGUUUCCCGUUCCCGCUCCAGAAGUCAUGGCCGCACACACAGAAGAGGCUCCAGUUCUCGAUCACCCUGCCGGAGAAACUCUUUCCGCUCCCGCUCCAGAAGUCAUGGCCGCACACACAGAAGAGGCUCCAAUUCUCGCUCACCCUGCCGGAGAAACGUUUCCCGUUCCCGCUCCAGAAGUCAUGGCCGCACACACAGAAGAGGCUCCAGUUCUCGCUCACCCUGCAGGAGAAAAGCUUCCCGUUCCCGCUCCAGAAGUCAUGGCCGGCGUCACAGAAGAGGCUCCAGUUCUCGCUCACCCUGCAGGAGAAAAGCUUCCCGUUCCCGCUCCAGAAGUCAUGGCCGGCGUCACAGAAGAGGCUCCAGUUCUCGCUCACGCUGCCGGAGAAACGCUUCCCGUUCUCGCUCCAGAAGUCAUGGCCGGCGUCACAGAAGAGGCUCCAGUUCUCGCUCUCACAGCCCGUAUCAUCAGCGCCGUAAAUCCAGGAGUAGAUCAACUUCCAUCUCAGACAGUUCUAGCUGUGAGGACAGAAGAGACAGGUGCAGAAGCCCAUCCAGGUCUUCCUACAGUUAUAGACAAACCCACAGGUCUCGAUCUCGUUCUCCACGGUACGAGAAGUCCACCUCCUGUCUGCCCUCUCCAGGAAUGCCUUCUGAGAGACAGCUUUCACCCAAAAACAGCAGCAAGAAUCCGCCGUCACCAAGCAGAAGCGGCGAGAAACAAACGUCCGGAGAGACAUCGGUUCCUCAGGAUGAGAACAGUGCAGAGACACUGGUGAAGAAACUUCUUCAAUCAUCAGCUGUCCAGUCUUUGUCAAAGCAGAUAGAUGUAGAGAGCCUUGUGAAAACUCUGACUCCGGUUUUCCUGGACGAGUUCAACAAGUUAACCUCAACACCCGGAUCAUCAGAGGCGCCUCAGACUAAAAGCACAGCCAGUUCCCCGCCAAAUCACGAGCAGGAAGUCGGAGCAGAAACUCUGAGAUCUGCUGACGGCUCAGAUCGAAGCGGCCCAGUUUUAGAGCAGAGUGUAAACGCUGCAGCUUCAGGUAAUCUGGAGGACAAGGAACAGGAAGUGACAUCAACUAGAAAAAGAGGCCGACCCAGGAAGAAACCCAGAAAGACUCCUGUGAGAAAAUCUGCUGGAGUAAAACAUGAGAGCUCCGAAGAAAACAGAGAAGAAGAAGAAACCAAAUCACUUCCUGGUGCGUCGCUGGAUUCUUCUUCUGCUCUGUUGGGGGACGUCAAGACGGAAACGGACGCUGAAGCUGCUGAAGUUUUAGAUCAGAGUAUGAACGCUGCAGCAGCAGGUGAGCUGGAGGAAAUGGAGGAGAAGGAACGGGAAGUGACAUCAAUAAGAAAAGGAGGCCGACCCAGGAAGAAACCCAGAAAGACUCCUGUGAGAAAAUCUGCCAGAGGAAAACCUGAGAACCCUGAAGAAAACAGAGAAGAAGACAAAUCACUUCCUAGUGCGUUGCUGGAUCCUUCUUCUUCUGCUCUAUUGGGGGACGUCAAGACGGAGAUGGAUAAUGAAACUGCUGAAGUUUUAGAUCAGAGUGUGAACGCUGUAGCAGCAGGUGAGCUGGAGGAAACUGAGCAGACGGAACAGGAAGUGACGUCAAUAAUAAAAAGAGGCCGACCCAGGAAGAAAUCCAGAAGGACUCCUGUGAGAAAAUCUGCUGGAGGAAAAUGUGAAAACCCUGAAGAAAACAGAGAAGUAAAAGACAAAUCACUUCCUGGCGCAUCGCUGGAUCCUUCUUCUUCUGCUCUAUUGGGGGACGUCAAGACGGAGACGCACAAUGAAACUGCUGAAGCAGCAGGUGAUCUGGAGGAAAUGGAGGAUACGGAACUGGAAGUGGCAUCGACUAAAAAAAGAGGACGAUCCGGGAAGAAACCCAGAAAGGCUCCUGUGAGAAAAUCUGCUGGAGGAAAAUGUGAAAACCCUGAAGAAAACAGAGAAGUAAAAGACAAAUCACUUCCUGGCGCAUCGCUGGAUCCUUCUUCUUCUGCUCUAUUGGGGGACGUCAAGAUGGAGACGGACAAUGAAACUGCUGAAGCAGCAGGUGAUCUGGAGGAAAUGGAGGAUACGGAACAGGAAGUGGCAUCGACUAAAAAAAGAGGACGAUCCGGGAAGAAACCCAGAAAGACUCCUGUGAGAAAAUCUGCUGGAGGAAAAUGUGAAAACCCUGAAGAAAACAGAGAAGUAAAAGACCAGUCACUUCCUGGCGCAUCGCUGGAUCCUUCUUCUUCUGCUCUAUUGGGGGACGUCAAGAUGGAGACGGACAAUGAAACUGCUGAAGCAGCAGGUGAUCUGGAGGAAAUGGAGGAUACGGAACAGGAAGUGGCAUCGACUAAAAAAAGAGGACGAUCCGGGAAGAAACCCAGAAAGACUCCUGUGAGAAAAUCUGCUGGAGGAAAAUGUGAAAACCCUGAAGAAAACAGAGAAGUAAAAGACCAGUCACUUCCUGGCGCAUCGCUGGAUCCUUCUUCUUCUGCUCUAUUGGGGGACGUCAAGACGGAGACGCACAAUGAAACUGCUGAAGCAGCAGGUGAUCUGGAGGAAAUGGAGGAUACGGAACAGGAAGUGGCAUCGACUAAAAAAAGAGGACGAUCCGGGAAGAAACCCAGAAAGGCUCCUGUGAGAAAAUCUGCUGGAGGAAAACGUGAGAACCCUGAAGAAAACAGAGGAGAAGAAACCAAAUCACUUCCUGAGACGGAGGCUGAAUGUCCUGACAGACAGAACCUGGAUGGACGCUUGGAGGAAGAGGAGGAGGAUGAAGGACGCUGCAGGGCCGACGGAGAAGGUUUGGAAGAGGAGACAGUUCCUUUAGUUUUAGAUCAGAGUGUGAACGCUGCAGCAGCAGGUAAUCUGGAGGAAAUGGAGGACACGGAACAGGAAGUGACAUCAACCAGAAAAAGAGGCCGACCCAGGAAGAAACCCAGAAAGACUCCUGUGAGAAAAUCUGCUGGAGGAAAACCCGAGAACCCUGAAGAAAACAGAGAAGAAGAAGACAAAUCACUUCCUGGCGCAUCGCUGGAUCCUUCUUCUUCUGCUCUAUUGGGGGACGUCAAGACAGAGUCGGAUGAUGAAGCUGCUGAAGGUCCAGACAAACAGAACCUGGACAGACGCUUGGAGGAAGAGGAGGAGGAGGAUGAAGAAGUAGCCUGUAAAAAACGAAGGAAGUCUCCUUGUACCGCUGCUGAUUUUAUCCUGCCACCUUUCAACACAGACAUCUCCUUUGGCGAGGAGUUUACUGCUCGUAAACUGGGAUAUUACUGUUCCCUCUGCUCUGUUUUCUACAUGCUGAAGAGCAACGAAGAGGACACUCACUGCUGCAGCAGAAAUCAUUACGACAACUUGCUGAAACAUUGGCAGAUGAAAGAAGAGGAACCUUCACCGCCUCCAAAAAGGAAAACCAGAAGCUCUCGAUGAUCCUGUUUUUAUGUCUCCUUUUAAAAUUUACUAAAACUGUUCAACUUCUAGUCUGCUUUGAUUGGGCAGCUCCAUUUUUAAACUGUGUAAAUGUUUUUUUAAUUGAUUCAUGAAGAGGAUUCCCUUCACAUUCAAUGUUUUUAAACAUUUUUUUAGCCUUGAUUUAAAGGAACUAAGUGUUUCAGCAGUUUCCUGGCAGAUCUGCAGUGCAUAGAAGCUGAAUGCUGCUUCUCCAUGUUUGGUUCUGGGGAUGCAGUUACAGGGAGCCAACGUAGAGACUGUAGAACUGGGGUGAUGUUUUCUAUCUUCCUGGUUUUAGUCAGAGCGUCAGCAGCAGCGUUCUGGAUCAAAUCCAAUUGAUUUUCUUUAGGUAGACGCAAAGCUAAACACGUUUAGUUUUGCAUUUCUAAUGUCCUAAUCAACACAGCCUUCAGUUACAUUUGACCUUUUUUUAUCAGUUGCAUCCACCUGUGUAAAUCUCCACCCACAACAGGAAGUCAAUAAGAUUCAACACCCACCCUUGUUCUUAUGUUGACAUAAAAAUACAUUUACAUUUUGCAUUUUUUCCUCUUUUUUUCAUUUGCAUACCAAAAACAAAACACACAAAGUUGCCCAUUCUCAUUUUACUCACAGGCUUUGUUAAAAUAUCAGCUGCCAUUUCUGUUGUUGAACAGUAACAGUUAUUUUUCCAUCACUGAAUGCUGAUCGAACAAAGUGAUAUCAAAUCUCAAUGUGUUUGCACCUUUGGCGAUAGACUGGACUUUUAGAAAGAUAAAAUAUACCUUUAUUGGAUGUGAAUAUUUUUAAGGACAAAGUACAUUCCAUUCAUGCCUAGUUGAAAUGUGCUACCCAAAUAAACUUGACGUGUAAUAACUGAA